GCCGGCUCCGAGGGUUUGGUGGACUACCCCAGCCUGGAGUUCGAGUAUGGAGACACCGACAGCUACACGGCUGAGCUAUCAGAACUGUACAGCUACACGGAGGAGCCCGAGUUUGUCGCCAACAGGAGGUGCUUUGAAGAGGAUUUUCAAACUCAAGUGCAGGGGAAGAGAUGGCCAGACCUGGACACGGCACAGCAGAAGGCCUAUGUGAUGCGGCUGUUGGAUGGGCUGGAGGUGGUGAACAGGGACAAGCGGCUGAAAGUAGCCCGGGCCAUUCUUUAUUUGGCACAAGGUGUGUUUGGAGAGUGCGAUAAUGAGCUGGACGUCCUGCACUGGUCUCGGCACAACAACUUCCUGCUGUACCACAUGGGCAUAUUCACGGCCUUCCUGGAGCUGCUGAACAUGGAGAUAGAUAACAGCCAGGCCUGCAGCAGCGCCCUGCGGAAACCGGCCAUCUCCUUGGCAGAUAGCACGGAGCUCAGAGUGCUGCUCAGCGUCAUGUACCUGAUGAUCGAGAACAUCCGCGUGGAGCUGGAGACGGACUCACCCGAGUGGAAAACGUCCCGAGAGGCGUUCAAAACGGAGCUGAGUUUUCCUGUGCACAGUGAAGAACCGUUUGCUCUCCUGCUUUUCACCAUGGUGAUCAAGUUCUGCAGCGGGCAUGCUCCGCACUUCCCCAUGAAGAAAGUCCUGCUCUUGCUUUGGAAGGUGCUGCUGUUCACCCUGGGUGGAUUUGAAGCUCUCCAGGUGAUGAAGAUGAAGAAGCGGGAGGACCUGUGCUUGCCCCCUCUGCCGGAGGACAGCAUCCAAGUGAUGCGCAGCAUGCGGGCUGCCUCGCCUCCCACCUGCUCCAUCGAACUCAUCGAACAGCAGCAGCAGAAGCGUGGCCACCGGAGCAGGCGGCCCCUCAUGAAACAAGACAGCUUGGACAUCUACAACGAGAGGGACCCGUUCAAGAACGAUGAGGCCGGAGUGGAUGAAGAAGAAAACGAUGAUGUGGACAGUGGGAUCGAGGGCGAGCUGGACCUGAUGGAGCGGGAUGCGAUCAUCCAGGCUUUGCCAGCUCAGCGCCCACCCAUUGAGCGGGUGUGUUUCCCCAAAGGACUUCCGUGGGCACCCAAAGUCAGACAGAAGGACAUUGAGCAUUUCCUGGAAGCAAGCAGGCACAAGUUCAUUGGAUUUACACUGGGGCAGGACACAGAAACCCUAAUUGGGUUACCACGGCCCAUCCAUGAAAGUGUGAAGACUUUAAAGCAGCAUAAAUAUGUCUCUAUCUCGGAUAUACAAAUCAAGAAUGAAGAAGAGCUAGAGAAGUGUCCCAUGUCUUUGGGGGAAGAGGAGGUUCAGGAGACCGCUUGUGAGAUCCUGUAUCAGGCGAUGUUAUACAAUCUUCCCCAGUAUAUGAUCGCUUUGCUGAAGAUCCUCCUGGCUGCAGCUCCCACCUCCAAAGCCAAGACUGACUCUAUCAAUAUCCUGGCAGAUGUGUUGCCCGAGGAGAUGCCAAUUACAGUUCUUCAGAGCAUGAAAUUGGGGAUUGAUGUGAACAGACACAAAGAGAUCAUUGUGAAGAGCAUUUCAGCCUUGCUGCUGCUGCUGUUGAAACAUUUCAAACUGAACCACAUCUACCAGUUUGAGUAUGUGUCCCAGCACUUGGUGUUUGCCAACUGCAUCCCGCUGAUCCUGAAGUUCUUCAACCAGAAUAUCAUGUCCUAUAUCACUGCCAAAAACAGCAUCUCUGUCCUGGAUUAUCCAUACUGUAUUGUCCAUGACCUGCCUGAGCUCACAGCAGAAAGCCUGGAAACUGGAGAUAACAACCAGUUCUGCUGGAGAAACCUGUUUUCCUGCAUUAAUCUGCUGAGGAUCCUCAACAAGUUGACCAAGUGGAAACAUUCUAGGACAAUGAUGCUGGUGGUUUUUAAAUCGGCCCCAAUCCUAAAACGAGCUCUGAAGGUGAAGCAGGCCAUGAUGCAGCUGUAUGUCCUGAAGCUGCUGAAGAUCCAGACCAAAUACCUGGGGCGCCAAUGGAGAAAGAGCAACAUGAAAACCAUGUCUGCCAUUUAUCAGAAAGUGCGACACCGCAUGAACGAUGACUGGGCUUAUGGCAAUGAUAUUGAUGCCAGACCAUGGGAUUUCCAAGCUGAAGAAUGCACGCUAAGAGCCAACAUCGAAGCCUUCAAUAACCGCAGAUACGAUAAACCACAGGUCUCUGAGUUUGCGCCUGUGGACAACUGCUUGCAGAGUGUGCUUGGACAGCGGUUGGAGCUCCCUGAGGAUUUCCAUUACUCCUAUGAACUGUGGCUAGAGAGAGAGGUGUUUUCUCAGCCUAUCCGCUGGGAAGAGUUGCUACACUAUCAGUGAUAAGAGAAUUACCCAAACUAAAUGCUGUCUCCAUAAGGAUACAAGGUGCUACUAUCUGGGAAAGAAGUCACUUUAUGACUGGGGGUCCUUAAGUCUGGGGGCAGAACUUGCUAACAAGGAAGUUGCCUUUUUUAUUUAUCCAGACCCCCGCCUCCCCUCCUCCUGGACACACACGCUGUGGUAUCCUAAAACUUUUAGGGACCUUCCCAUCCCUUCACUUGCACCUUUCAGAGACCAUCAAUAUAAAUGGACCUGCACAGAUCAGGUUCUGAUGUCACACUAGUUACAAUUUAGAGUAGUAACAGUGAUUGUACUGGUGUUCACUCCAGAUUUACACAGGUAUAACAGAGAUCAGAAUCAGGCUUGAGUGACUUGGCUUCUUCUGAGCUUGGUUCACAUGUAUAAGUCAGCUGUGUAAGUAGCUUCCCUGUGGAAGGUUUGUCUUGCCCGGUUGCCCUAUGUAGUGCUUAAUGGUUUCACUUGCUCAUCUUGGCAUCAAUACGUAGAUUAAACACCCUGGUUACUAAUGCCUCUAAAGUUCAAAAGUAAAUAGUAACCAACACUAUGUGAUGACCUCAGUAGAGGCUCAUGGAUAACUGAAGUCUAGAGGUGGAACCGCAGUGCUGCUACUUGUGUUGUACAACCCAUUCUGUGAAAACUUCUGUUUCCAGAACUGCCAAUCUUGCCAGAUUCACCAGGCCUGUUAUUUCCAUACUUUUCUUCAUGACUAUUCUUUUAUCCAUCACUGCAUUCACUUAAUUUUUUGUAAUAAAGUUAAAUGAAUAUUAACUGUAGCUGCCUGACUACAAUAUGUGAGCUGUAAAAGAGUUAGAGUGCCUGGGAGCCUUUCUACUUUAUAUAUGAGUGAGCCCAGAUUGAAAUUACCAUUUUAAACACUAAGGCUUGCCAGGUAAAGCAUUCUUUUUCUCAUCUAUCAUGGGUAUCCAGUUAAUUUUCCAGGAUUUUUCUUUCUUCCAGUACCUUGCAAGGAAGAAACCACAGCAGGGCUAUUUACUGGAAGGCAAUUACUGCAAUCCAGUAGAUUACCAGUUUGCUGGUUUUUUCCAUUUUUGGCCAUGAAGGUGACAGUAAAUGCAAUGUCUUGCCAAAAGUGACCCUUUUGACUUGUGACACAAGAUUUUCUUUUGUUGUGGUGUUCUGGGGGAGCUGGUCUUUGUGCUGUAUCCUAAAGGUGGUAAGUGGAUGGGAUAGCAUUUCAUUGUCAAGAUGAAGCAGAAUAUCAGACUUUGCAGCCUAUAACUUUCAAGAGGAAGCUCAGUCUUCAUGCAUUAUACAUGAUUUCCUCUGCUUGGACAGCUCACGGUUUCAUAGGCUAAAAUCUUCAGGCAGAUUCUACCUCAGCUUAAACCUGUGUUACAGUCUCCCCUCGGCCUGUUAUAACCAUGCAUUUGGGAGUGAAAUCUUUGUCCAGUAUAUUUAAAGUUAAUGGCCACACUACUGAAUGAGCUGGACACUUGGCCUAGGCUUGUAAAAUCCUUGGCAUUUCAAUAAAAGUUUUGCACAAGGGCCACAAGAGGGGCUUUAUAAAAGCAACGUUGAAGUUGUCAUAGCAGCAGUGCCUGGACACUGAGCUUACUCUACAGAGCCCCUAAGUACUGGACAGCAAAGGUCUUAGGUUUAAUCUUUCUGACAACAGUUUUGUCAAAGAAGCAUGGCAUGCACCUGUGUAUUUCAGGCAAAACUUCUUAUAAAUUAGACUGUAAUGCUAGCUGCAUUUCAAGAACACAAGCAAUAAGACCACAUGUAGUAUGAUGGCAUAUCUGUUCACUGCUAUGGAAUUAGCCUAAGAAUGUUUCUUAGUAUGAUUUGAAUAAGGCACUUUUCCAAGAUGGCAGUAGUAAAUCUGUUCACUUCUUAAGCACAUUUUGUGUCCAAAAAUAAAGUGAGUGACUUUUAAA